GUUGAGCUAUGGAAGAAAUAUAUUGCCUGGGAAAAGGGUAAUCCUCUAAGGACUGAGGAUCAAGCCCUUAUAACAAAAAGAGUUAUGUUCGCAUAUGAGCAGUGUCUACUUUGUUUGGCUUAUCAUCCCGAUGUAUGGAUAGAGGCAGCUAACUACCUGGAACAAUCUAGUAAAAUACUGACAGAGAAAGGGGAUCAGAAUGCUGGUAAAAUGUUUGCUGACGAGGCAGCAGCCUUGUUUGAGAGAGCUAUCACAACUACAAUGAAGGGAAACAUGCUGAUAUACUUUACAUAUGCUGAUUUUGAAGAGAGUCGUAUGAAAUACGAGAAGGUUCACAGUAUUUAUAAGCGAUGUGUAGCAGUAGAAUCUCUAGAUCCAUCACUGGUUUACAUACAGUACAUGAAGUUUGCAAGACGAGCUGAAGGGAUAAAGUCAGCUAGACAAGUGUUCAAAUUAGCAAGAGAAGAUAAACGCUCCACCUAUCAUGUGUUCGUUGCAGCUGCCCUAAUGGAAUACUACUGCAGUAAAGAAAAAACUGUAGCUUUAAAGAUAUUUGAGCUUGGUUUGAAGAAAUUUGGAGACGUAACAGAUUAUAUCCGGGCAUAUGUGGACUUCAUGUCACACUUAAAUGAGGAUAACAAUACCAGGGUACUGUUUGAAAGAGUUUUAUCUUCUGGCCAGAUACCUCCUGAAAAGUCUAUAGAUAUAUGGAGUCGGUUUCUUGCCUUUGAAUCAGAGGUUGGUGAUCUAGCCAGUAUACUUAAAGUUGAAAAAAGAAGAUCUCAGGCAAUUGAAAAGAUACAAGAAUUUGAGGGCAAAGACACAGCGUUGUUAAUUGACAGGUAUAAAUAUGCUGAUCUAUUUCCAUGCAGUCAGUCAGAGUUAAAGGCAUUAGGAUAUCAUGAUCUAAUAAGGAAGCAGGUUGUUGAACUACCAACAAGUAAAGUUACCAAAAUUGUCAUGGAAGAAGAUGAAAAUAUGAAACGUCCAGAAUACCCUAAACCAGAUACACAACAAUGGCUGCCAUUUAAACCAAAAAUCAAUGUUCCUAUUGAUGCUCAUGUAGUACCCGGUGGUGUAUUUCCUCCUCCAGCUGCAGCAUCUGCCUUAAUGAUGUUGAUGCCACCUCCUGAAUGUUUUCAUGGUCCAUUUGUUAUCAUAGACAAGUUUAUAGAGCAUUUCAAGAAAUUAGAAAUUCCUGAUAUUCCUAUGUUAGAGAAUGGAGUAGACACACCAGUUAAGAUGGAUCCAGGUACUCUACUUUCUCUAGAGUAUGCAUCCGGUCGUAAACGAAGAAUUACCGAGAACGAGGCAAGUGAUGAUGAGGACAUGCCAUCAGGACCGGCACCGCCGGUCAAUGACAUUUACCGAAGCAGACAACAAAAACGCUCAAAAUGAAGUUGUUCUACAUAUCAAUCAAAAGAAUUUGGAAAUGUUUGCACUUUGGAUAUAAUGCAUUUGAAGUGCAGUUAUGGUUAAAUAUAAUGGCGAAGGGUUAUUUUAGAUGUGUAAUUUGUGACAGGAGGAAUAAUGUUUGAACUAA